UACAUCGGUGCGUUUUCACGCAGCGCUCUAGCCAGUCACAUUGAAAGUUGGACCACGAGCGUGGCCAGUAGUGUAGCAAUGGCAGAUGAAGCCAUAUUGCAUAUUAACCCCUCGGAAGACGAGGGCCUAAUGGGUCAACUGGAUGACGAGUUGUCAUUUCUCACGCAGCUACCAAUAGCGGAGACUGCAUGCUCAUCUUUAAGCAAACCAACGCCACCGGCGCCAGCAGCUAAAGCCAAGAAGCGAACUGCUAAACGUAAGAAUAUAGAUCAAGCAAAUUCAUGUACGCUGAACGAGCCGCCUAGUGCCGCGAAAACUAGCAGCGACAAUUCGGACUUGCACAAAGCAGUUUCUAGCUUGCAGCAAACAGUUGCUACUUUGACAAAUGCGUUUUUGCACCGCAGCGAUUCCGGUUCUAGCCAUUACGCUAACCGCUUUCCAACUGAGGAAAUAUUAAGCGAGGGUGAAAUUCCUGAUGAUAAUUUAGUGGCAUUAAACCUUGCACCGGAAACGGGCAAUGACAACGCAAUUGUUGGCAAUAGUUAUGUACAUGUACCUGAAAAGGGCAUAGACACUUUCACUGAAGGUGAUUUAGAUAACCUGUUGUGCGAUACUGGCAACCAGGAUGACUUGCUGACCGAAAUGGCGGCCUUAAUUGAGAGUGACGAAAAAGAAAGUUCAGCCCUAAAUGACCAAUUGGCUAAAACAGUAAAUGCACUUGCUCAAGGCAAGAUAAAGCCAGAAAAACUAGAAGAAAAAUUGGGCAAAUACAACAAACCAAGCAACUGCGGUAAUCUUUGCCUAACUAGAGUGAACCCUGAGAUAUGGUCAAUCCUAAAACCCACAACACGUGCAAGGGAUGUUAAAUUCCAAAAGGUGCAAAGCUCUUUUGUACGGGCAUCAAUAGCCAUCGCAAUGGCCACUGAUCAAAUGCUAAAAGCCAGAAAUAACAAUGAGACUAUUGAUACAGCUCAGCUUAUUAGAAUGCUGGUUGACGCAAUUGCCAUACUUGGCUCGGGCAACGCCCAACUCAACUUGCGCAGAAGAGACAGUAUCCGACCUGAUCUCAACCAAAAAUAUGCGGCCUUGUGCUCAUCGCAAGUCCCGUGCACUAGUCUCCUUUUCGGGGAUGACUUAGUUCAGUCAUGCAAAACUAUAGUGGAGACAAACAAAAUAAGUUCACAGAUGUUUGUAAAUGACCCCAAACGUCGUAAUACUAGACAGUUUUCAGGCCGUGGAUCAUCCCACCGUGCGGGGCACCUUAUUACCCGAGAGGCCGAGGCUACUAUCGUCGAGCACAGAGUCAGGGCCAGGGUUAUUACCGUUCCGGCGGCAGCAGCGGUCAUGGCAGUGGCAAUUACCACCAAACCCCAAGCCAAUCCACCAGCACCGGGGCCUCGACAGCCAAGAAAACGGUGACCUAGCGGCACCAUUACAGUUGGUAAGGUAUUGCAGAAAAUCGAGGUAGACGGAGCCAUGGGAAUACUUAUAUUCCCAUUAUGGCAAACCCAACAUUGGUUUCCCAGAAUGCUGCGCCUGUUGAUAGCUAUGCCAGUAACACUACCAAAGACAUACGGGUUGUUGAGACUACCACACGAUCCACACAGUCGCCAUCCACUAGAGGGCCGAAUGACAAUGUGUGCUUCACUCUUAUCCAGCAGUCGCUCCGAUCAAGAGGAUUUUCGAAGGAAACUAUUGACAUUAUCCUCCAAUCAUGGAGACCGAGUACCAAGAAGCAAUAUGCAUCAUCCAUCGAAAAAUGGCUACGUUUCUGCACUAAACGGGCUGUCGAUCCAGUUCGUGCGACUGUAACCGUGGCAAUGGAGUUUCUCACCAAGUUAGUUCACUCUGGGGCAAAAUACAGCACUGUUAAUACAGCACGGUGUGCAUUGUCAUCACUGCUUUGGUCAACGUCUGACAAUAAAACAAAGUUUGGUAGCCAUCCUUUGGUUAUUCGUUUUAUGCGAGGACUAUUUAAUUUAAAACCUCAGUACCCUCGUUAUUCACAUACAUGGGAUGUUGGUAUUUUACUUCGAUAUGUUAGUAAGAUGGAACCAUUACAGUCUAUUGCAUUGAAACAAUUGACUUACAAACUGAUUUGCUUAUGUGCACUUACCACUGCACAGCGGGCUCAGACAUUGAGCCUAUUCGACAUAUCUAACAUGAAGGUUAGAAACAAACAAGUUUGUAUUAAAAUAACUGAUUUGAUUAAAACAUCUAAACCGGGCAAACCUCAACCACAAGUUAUAUUGUCAGCAUACCCGCAUGAUAAAAGUGUAUGUGUUAUGCGAACCCUCUUAGAGUAUCUGAAAAGGACAAGAAGUUUUAGGGGCUCCAAGUCAAAAUUAUUUUUAAGUUAUACAGUGCCGCAUAAGGAGAUAGGCACUGCCACUGUUUCCCGUUGGUUAAAACAGUCAUUAACUGAGGCGGGCGUAGAUGUGUCCGAGUUCAAAGCACAUAGUUUUAGAACUGCCUCAACCUCGGCAGCCGCCAAUAAAGGUGUACCAAUUAACUUAAUUUUGCAGACGGCAGGUUGGGCAAGUUCAACAACCUUCGCCAAGUUUUAUAACAGAAGUGACAGUAUUUUAUGCUCAGAAGGAGCACAAAGUCAGUUUUCUCAGGCAAUCUUAAGUCAAAAAUGAUUAGCCGAGCAUAUGUUGUGUAAUAAAAAUGAAAUGGGUCAAGGAAAGUUUUAUUCCAUUAAAUAGCACGGUAAAGUGCUGAUUCGACUCAUGAAACAAGUGCCAGUUUAAAUAUGGAUUUAUACUGAACAUCGUCAAGAGACAAAGAUAGUCUUGAUUUGUUUAUAAUGAAGUGAAUACUACUUUUUGUCAAAAGACAAAUUAGUCUUGAUUUUGUUUAAAAUGAGAAUUAUACUGUGUUCGGUUGUCAGAGGACAGACUAAAAUUUAACUUUGUUUAUUAUACCGUGUAUUGCCAAGAGACAAUUUAGUCUUGGCGUAAAAGUGUGUAUAAUGAGAUUUAUACUGUAUGCAAAGUCAUGUACUUUUGUCAAGAGACAAAUUGUUUCGAAGUUAUUAAUAAUGAUGAGCUAGAAUUAGCUCUAGAAGUAGAAUGCAAAAAUAAAAUCUAAUAUAUCCGAUAAGGAGUACUGCAAAA